CAAACACACACCAACAAACAAACUUCUACAAGAUUUAUUACAUUCAGAUGGAGGAUCAUAUAGAGGAUCAGGUGAAGGAUCAUAUAGAGGAUCAGGUGAAGGAUCAGGUGAAGGAUCAUAUAGAGGAUCAGGUAGAGGAUCAUAUAGAGGAUCAGGUGAAGGAUCAUAUAGAGGAUCAGGUGGAGGAUCAUAUAGAGGAUCAGGUGAAGGAUCAGGUGAAGGAUCAUAUAGAGGAUCAGGUGGAGGAUCAUAUAGAGGAUCAGGUGGAGGAUCAUAUAGAGGAUCAGGUGGAGGAUCAUAUAGGGGAUCAGGUGGAGGAUCAUAUAGAGGAUCAGGUGGAGGAUCAUAUAGAGGAUCAGGUAGUGAGACAGGUGAAGGAUUAGUUGAAUAAUCAUAUUGAGGAUCAAGUGGGGAUCCGGCGAAGGAUCCGGUGGGGGAUUGGGCGUAGAAACAGGUGAGGGAUCACAUGGAGAAUCAGGUGAGGGAUCUGGUGAAGAAUCAGGUGGGGGAUCAGGGAAAGGAUCAGGUGGAGGAUCACAUGAAGGGGCAGCUGAUCUCACUGAUUCAUCCUGAACAAAAGACUUCUUUGUUUUACUGGUACUCGAUCUCACACAACCUCAUCACUCGUUCCUCAUUCCACAUCCCUCAACCUUAUUCCUCAUACCUCGUUCUUUGUUCCUGAUCAAUUAUUCUUCAUCACUUGUUCCUCCUCCCUUAGCCUUCACUCCUGUGUGUGUGUGUGUGUGUGUGUGUGUGUGUGUGUGUGUGUGUGUGUGUGUGUGUGUGUGUGUG